CAGUUUUUGGCUUCACUGAAAGCUCAACCAGUCAGAGGAACUUGCUCUGCCUUUGUUCUUUCUGUCUCUCUCUCUCUGUUGUGGGAUGCCAGAACUCUUGGCAUGACAGGGGGCUGCGGAGGAAGGGGGGUGGUAGCAAACAGCCAGUGUGAAGUGUGUGAUUGCAUUCCUCUUCCUGUGUGCAGAAGGUGAGGAAGACAGUGGCAGAAGCAGGAGAACAACUCAAGACUAACAAGGGUCCAGCUCAGAUGGAUUUGUGACUAGGUUAGAUGUCAUGGAUGUUGUCAGCUGCCUGGUGUUGCUGACGGUCGCGGCUGUCUGCCGCGGAAGUCUGGUGGUGGUCAAUUCAGGAGUGGAGGUCAUCAGGGGCCGCUCUGCGUUCAUCACCGAGAAGGAGCUGAAGAUCAGGGUGGAUCCCACAGUGGACUGCAAGGUGGAGGUGGUGAUGAACGAGCCGGUCACACAGAGGGUCGGCAGGCUGACGCCGCAGGUGUUCGACUGCAGCUUUCUGGAGGCUGAAGUCAAAUACGUCCACAAUGGAAGUCCACUGCUCACCGAGGACACAGUGAUGCUUCGAGUCUACAGAUUCACAGACUCGGACACGCUGGUGGAAACCGUGAUUCUCCCGGUGAGGGUGCUGGACUCCACAUCGAGCCUGGUGAAGUUCGGAAGCACACCGCUGGUGGUCCCUCAAUUCUUUGGCUUAUCAAACAGCAUCAAUAGCUCCGUGCUGACCAUCCCUGCUGCGGUGGACCUGGUCUGCACUGUCCGGGUGAUGACCACAGACGUCAACAUGCCUGUGCUCGGGCAGCUGGUGACAGAAGGGGACGCCCAGACGACAGGCCGAGAGGCAGCAGCUCUGUGUCUUGGAAACAAACCUUGUCUUCAUGACACCAAGGAGGUCCGCUUUCUCAAAACUAGCUGCCAGAACUUUCUAAGUUCCGGUCUGAAGUACCAGCACUUGAGUCCUCCAUUACCAGAGACUGACUACAUCCCCAUCAGGGUGGAGCUGAGAGAGCAGGGCACCAGGCUUGUGGUGGAGACGGAGGCGGUGUGGCUGCCUGUGCAGAUCCAAGGUGCCAUGCAGAACCAGCCACCAAAGGCUGCCUUCAUGGCCUCCUUCAUUCUGGAAGUGGACCAGUUUAUUCUCACACCACUGACCACUGCGUCCCUUGAUGCUGAUGACCACGAAACCCCGCAAGAGAAGUUGGUGCUCAACAUCACUGCACCGCCUAGUGAGGGGUACAUCACCCACCUGGAGGACCACACCAAGCCCAUUCAGUCCUUCACCUGGGCAGACCUGCAUGACAUGAAAGUGGCCUACCAACCGCCCAACAGCAGCCAAUCACAGCGCAGGAACUAUGAGGUGGAGUUCCAAGCUAUCGAUGGCUCAUAUCUGACCAGCCUACCUAUUAAUGUCCACAUCUCCAUCAGAGCGGCUGAAACCAACGCACCCAGGGUCUCCUGGAACAUGGGCCUGGACCUGCUGGAGGGUCAGUCCCGACCAAUCACUUGGGAGCAGCUGCAGAUUGUGGACACAGACAACAUCGAUGCCGUUUUCCUGGUGACGGUGGACGGGCCCCUCCAUGGACGUCUCAGUGUGAGAGGUGGGAAAGCUUUCAUGUUUCGCGUUCGGGACCUGAAAGAGGGAGUAGUGGUCUACCACCACUCGGACAGUGAGACCACCCGAGACCACAUUGUCUUCCGCAUCAGCGACGGCCGACACAGCAUCAGACACAGGUUCCCCAUCAACAUCCUGCCCAAAGACGACUCUCCGCCCUUCCUCAUCAACAACGUGGCCCUGGAGGUGCAGGAAGGCGGCGAGGUGCGUUUGGAGGAGUUCAUCCUGCUGGCCUCUGACAUGGACUCAAGUGAUGACUACAUCCUGUUCCAAAUCACCUCAGCCCCCAGUGUGGGUCAGCUGAUCAGGAAGAUAAACCCAUAUGAUGCAGGGUUUGCUGUGGACAGUUUCCUGCAGCGGGACUUGAUCUUGGGUCAGAUCUUUUACCGGCACUCAGGGGAGGAGAAGUUUGAAGACUCCUUUGAUUUCACGCUGUCUGACGUCCACCAGCCGCCGAACCUUUCGCAAACUUAUACAGUGGUGGUCCAUGUCUUCCCAGUGAAGGAUCAGCUGCCCGCUGAAGUCUCCGGCAGCGUUCGCGCUCUGACUCUGAAGGAGACAGAGGUGGUCUAUAUCACGACGUCUCACCUGCACUUCAGCGACAGGGAGCAUCCAGACACCGACCUGACCUACGUCAUCACCCGGCCCUGCUUCAGCCCACUGCGUCCUGGCCUGAUGGAUGCAGGUCGUCUGUUCUACACAGACAACGCUAACACCAUGAAGAGAGACCCCAUGGUUCCCGUCCUAAAAUCCUUCUCACAGCACGCCAUCAACCACAUGAAAGUAGCCUUCAUGCCCCCGCUGGAGGACAUCGGUCCAGAGCCGCUGUUUGUCCAGUUCAUCUUCACUGUCAGCGACCACCAUGGAGGCAGCAUCUCUGGGCUGGUCUUCAAUAUCACCGUCACUCCCGUGGACAAUCAGGCACCGGAGGCCUUUACUAACGUGCUGCGUGUGGAGGAAGGUGGAGGCGCCUUCUUAACGGAGGAGCAUCUUCUGGUCCGUGAUGUGGAUAGCAGGGACGAGUCGCUGAGAGUAGAGAUUCACAAAGAACCUCACAGAGGCCGUAUGGAGCUGCGGGGCCAGAUCCUGAGAUCAGGAGACCGUUUCAGCCUCAAUGACCUGCGCGCACUCCGACUCAGGUACAUUCACGAUGAUUCUGAGACGACGGAGGAUGACGUGAGUCUGAGGGUGACGGACGGGCUGAACUCAGCGGACGUCAUUUUGCCAAUACAGGUCUUACCGAUGAAUGAUGAGCCACCCCAGUUGGGUUUGAGUCUGCGAAAAGAGCUGAGCUGUGAGGAAAGGGGUCGGGUCCAGGUGACGGUGGACUAUCUGUCUGCCACCGACCGAGACAGUGAGGACUCCAGACUGACCUACAUGCUGGCUCGGCGUCCUGGCAGAGGAGAGCUGCAGAAGGCCGGGCUUCCUGUGGACAAGUUCUCCCAGCAGGACUUGCUUCAGGGUCUCAUCUACUACGUUCAUACAGGAGGCGAGAUCGGCCCCUUGUCUGUUUACGACACGGUCACGCUCAUCAUCUCAGAUGGAGAUGCCGGAGGGACUGAUAGUUGUUGUCAUGGAGAUGCCCCGCCUCCACCUGUGCCCCUCCAUGGCACACUUCCUGUUUACGACCUCAACGUCACCGUGCUCCCUGUCAAUAACCAAGUUCCCACCAUCAUAUUUGGCGAGUCCAUGUUGGUGGUGGACGAAGGCUCCUUUGCUUGCCUGUGUGCUGGCGUCUUAGCGGCCACAGACCUGGACAGCCCUCGCGACCAGCUGACCUUUCACAUUGAUACUGCUCCUGUGCACGGCUUCCUGGAGAACACGCUGCCCACUCCGGGUUCAGAAAAGAGCAACGCUGGGAUCAGAGUUGAAUCCUUUACCCUGGACCACCUCACGUCUGGAUUCAUCAACUACGUCCAGUCGGAGCAUAAAGGCACAGAGCCGACUGUCGACCAACUGACCAUCAGCGUGAGCGAUGGCCUGCACCGUUCCGCUGCUGUCCCCUUCUACAUCAUCAUCAACCCCACCAAUGACGAAGCCCCAUCCUUACUGCUUGCCAACUUCACGGUGGAAGAGGGCGGCCUGAGGGAGUUGACUCCUUCCAUCCUAAAUGGUUUCGACCUGGAUGCUCCUCCAAACAUUCUCACGUUCACGGUGGAGAAGCCCCCGGCUCACGGCUUCCUCAUCAACGGCAUCUAUGGCACAGACAAAAGCCGCUACACAGAGAUGGGAUCCGCUUUGCUGCAGACAAGCCUCUUCAUCUCCACCUUUACUCUCCAGGAGCUCCGGCAAGGCAUGAAGAUCUUGUACAUGCACGAUGACACAGAAACCCUGAAGGACGCUGUGCUGCUGCGGCUGACAGAUGGCGUUCACGUAGUUCAGGGGACAGCUCAGGUCACCGUGCUGCCGGUCAACGAUGAGAAGCCACUGCUGAUCAAGAAUGCUGGGCUUGAGGUGAGCGCUGGCGAGCGGAGGGUGAUCUCCAGCGUAGUUCUGGAGGCCGAGGAUCUGGACACGCCACCACCGUUCGUGUUUUACUUCCUGAACAGUGAACCACGCUUUGGGAAACUGCAGCUCAGGACGGGCACGGGUUGGACCGACUUGUUGGCGGGGAGGAACUUCACCCAGGACGAUGUGGAGCUCAACCGGCUGUGGUACACACACACCGCACGGACCAACGCCGCCGGCUUCAAGGGUCAUGACAGCUUCCGAUUCACACUCAGCGACCUGACCAAUGAGACUCCUGCUCAGACUUUCUUCAUCUCUGUCCAAGUGGUGCAGAGAGGUGACAUCCUGCUGCAGACCACCCCAGUGCACCUGCUGGAGGGUCAGCGUGUGGUCCUGAACACAGACAUCCUGCUGGCCUCAGACACCUCCGGGCGUCCGGAGGAACUGGUUUACACGCUGUCGGUCCUGCCAAGCCAUGGCCUGGUCCACCUGGUCCACCGGCCCGGAGUCCCGCUGGCCACCUUCACGCAGCUGGACGUGGCAGCACACCGAGUGUGUUACACUCAUGACAACAGUCACCAGACAGAGGCCGACAUGUUCAGUUUCGUGGUGACCAACGGUGACUCCUCACGCAGCGGGACCCUCCACUUCACCAUCCAUCACAGUGACCGGAUCCCCCCCACGCUGCACCGUAACACCGGCCUUCGCCUGCAGGACGGCGCCACAGAGACGCUAACCCCAGACAGGCUGCAGCUCACUGACCCAGACACCCCGGUCGGCAACCUGAGCUACAUCAUCACAGAGCUUCCGCAUUACGGCAGGCUGCUCCUGAGAGGCGCCCCUCUGUCCCCUCCCACUACCUUCACCCAGGAGGACGUGGAUGCUGGCGCCGUUGCCUACUGGCACAACCCCAGCAGCCCGGCCGACAUCGACAGGUUCUACUUCCUUCCCACAGACCGGAAGAACCGGGGAUACCUGGUGUUUGGUCAGCUGAGGGAGGAGCCGGCCGUGUUCAACGUACAGGUGGAGCGAGUGGACCGAACUCCUCCCAGCCUGACGACUCGAAGGAGCCCCAGCUCGGUGGUGCAGCUGGAAGAUGGACGCUUCGGCAUCUUUGUCACCUCCAAACACCUCCAGGCCUCUGACCCCGACAGUCCGACGGAUGAGUUGGAGUACUCCAUCACGAGAGCGCCGCACUUUGGUUACCUGGAGAACACUCUGACUGGCGGAUACAUCAAGGGUCGUUUCACUCAGCGGGACUUGAACCAACGUGCCGUCGUCUUCAUCCUGCCCGCUGACAUGGAGGUGACCAGCGACAGUUUCCAGUUCCGACUGGUCGACCCGGCGGGAAACACGGCGCUGCCAGAAACUCUGGAACUGUCCUGGUCUCGAGUGGAGUUGUCAGCCACCUGCUACCGGACAUGCGAGACAUCAGGAACUCUUCAGAUCCAAAUCCAACGCAGUGGGAAAAGCCUGGACCCGGCUUACGUCGCAAUUCAGGUGGAAGAAGGCUCAGCAAAGCCCCACAGGGACUUCACUCACAGCUCAGCCUCUCUGAUCCAGUUUGAUCCAGGCGUCGAUGCAAAAACCUGGAACGUUUAUCUGAUCGAUGACGGAUUGGAGGAAAACCACGAGGUCUUCACCGUGACCCUGAAACAGCCCAAGAAUGCCGUCCUUGGACAGAGAAGCUCUGCGAGCGUGGAGAUCAUCGACCCCCGAGGAGGAUUGUGUGACCCUGAUGACCUGAAGGUGGAAGACGACCUGAGUCACCCUCCUCCACGCCCCCCGGCCCCUUCCAGACCAGAGGAGCAGGACCGGGUCACGGACAUCGAAGCCGAGUUAAUGUGGGAGAACCAGCCUCACUCUCCACGCGGGGAUGUCCCAAACCAUCGCGCCUUCCUGGACGACGUGGAGGGAGCGCCUCAGGACCAGGCGGCCAGCGGAGUGGUCCAGCAUCAGAGCAGGCAGUUGUGGAGAGUCGGUGGGCACAGAACCAGAACCGGCGGAUUGAAGGUCCAGGUGUCGGCUGAGCCCAGGUCACAGGACAGAGUGUGGACGUUCCACAGCCUCACCCCCCUGCGGCUAGAGGAGGUAAGGCCCAGCAGGUCUGAAUGGAGUUGGUCCAGUCAAGAGCUGCGGGCAGGAGACGCCCCCCAAGGGGACCCCACAGAACAGUGGCACCACACUGCGGUGCGACAUCGCAACGUGAGUGGUGGAGGGUCGGGCAGCUUGUGUCCAGACGGCUGGACCCACUACAGGAGGCGCUGCUACAUCCUGAGCUCGUCCCUGGGCAGCUGGGCCAGCGCUCAGCGGACGUGCUCCCUGCUGUUCAACAGCAGCCUGACCAGUGUGCGGUCCAAACGGGACAUGACGUGGCUGUGGAGAUUUGCGGAGAAAAAGCCGUUCUGGAUCGGACUCUCUGGGGGUGCUGAGCGCUGGACCUGGAGCGACGGUCACUCCGUUUCCUUCUCCAGGCUGCAGGCCCCAUCGCCGGACCCUGCCAAGCCAGAGUGUGUGCUGGUUCAAAACCCCUCCAGCUGGACUUCAACCAGCUGCUCCACAGACUUGCAGCAUAGGUUUGUCUGCUCGAUGACGGCCCGGACUCAUUGAGACGGGCCUUGGCGCUCACCAGUGCGUCAGACUGAUGUUCACCACUUUGACCACUAGGAGGCAGCCAACACUGAACACAGUUAACCCAGAAGGUUUUAUCCUCCUCAGCUGCUGCAUUUGACAGUCACAACUUUAUUAAACAGCUGACUUGGUGCUCUCACUGUCAUUGUGAGCAAAUGCUGUGUCUCAUGACUGACGCGGUUUCCACGUGUGACCAAGUGGCGGUGACACGACCUGUGUCUCCCAGAUUGAGGACUGAAAGCAAAUUCUCUUUGGUGCCGAAACACUUCAAACUCCAACGUCGUGAGAGAAGAACUAGCACGAGAGGAGGUCUGUGCCCACCACGUUACUGUUGCUUCACUCAGACGGCGUUUUCACACUUGUUUUUAAAUACGAGAAAAAUAAUCACUUUAUAUUUUACUGCGAGUUUGGUUCUGUUUGGUCAUAAUA